ACUGCUCGGUGGGCCGCUGUCGGUUUGAGCGUGGAAACUCGACUCGGGACGCGUCUUUUACGCACCUGUGGGACUUUUGUGGAUGACCUCCUCCUAAACCCUCCUCUGCCUCUCUUAACCUGCCCACGUGAAUUGCCACACAUUUUUUUUUCCUGUGGGCCGUUGUUGAAUCUUGUUGACCGUAGAAUUUUUUUUCCUUCUUCUACAGUGUGAUAUCACUGGACGGAAUAGGUAAUUUCGACUUUGUCGUUUCUUGAAAGGGAGGUGGAGAGAACUCAACCACCCUCCCUCCCUCCCUCUCUUCGUCCUGGACUGAAAGCCCCGACUCUCUUCGCACAGGGGGGACACUUGAAGGACUCCUUAAGCACUUGAGAUGGAGGCUCCCGAUGGCCACUGUGCAAGUAACGGCCAAUGCUCUCCUGGUAAGGAAAACGCAAGAGUUUUAGUGGACAUGUCCACACCUAAUGGAGAGACAGUUCAUCGGGGUCCCAAUUCCCCCUGUGAACUGUCGAUUAAGCAAGAGGAAGACACGGCAGAGGAAACUGACGACAGAAGCCCGGCACUUGAAGAAAUAAGCCAAACGGGGGAUGAAGUAGUCGUAUUGGAGGAAUCCAUGACCGGCAGUCCGAGCAACGCCCAGGACGGAUUAUCUGAGCUGAACACGACGGCGGAUUCAGGAAGUCGGCAACCAAAUGGUGAGAGGCCAUUCCAGUGCAAACAGUGUGGUGUCUCGUUCACUCAGAAGGGAAACCUGCUGCGACACAUCAAGCUGCACACGGGCGAAAAGCCGUUCAAAUGCCCCUUCUGCAGCUACGCCUGCCGGCGGCGCGAUGCCCUCACUGGUCAUUUGCGAACUCACGCUGUUGGCAAGCCGCACAAGUGUAGCUACUGUGGGAGGAGCUACAAGCAGCGCACGUCUCUGGAGGAGCACAAAGAGAGAUGCCACAGUUACCUGCAAGGUAUCGGCCUGGACCCCACCGCCCACAACGGCCCUUACACAGGUGAAGGUCCUAAAGAGCCGAGGGCCAUGGCAGAGGCAAACUCCAUGGCAGCGUUCGAUAGGCCGCCUGUUAUUGAGAGGCUGCACAGCAAUGUGGGCAAGAGGAAGAGCACCACGCCUCAGAAGUUUGUGGGUGAAAAGAUGGUUCGCUACAGCUACCCUGAUAUUGGCUAUGAGAUGGGCAUUAAGUAUGAGAAGCAGAAUGAGCUGAUCCCAGCCCACAUGAUGGACCAGGCCAUCAGCAAUGCUAUCACAUACCUAGGAUCGGACAGCCUUCGGCCCAUGCUCCACCAUACGGGGCCCCCUCUCUCUAUGGCCGACGUGGUGCCCAUGGUCAACCCCCUCUACCACCAUGUCCUGCCAAUUGGCCAGCGAACAGAUCAUCCAGGAAACUUUGAUUCGAUGCCACCACAUCGGCCCCAGUCCCGUAACUUCCCCGGCCACCCCACCUCAAAUGGCCCCGCCGCCCUAACCAGGCAGGACAAGCCCCCCCAGUCGGGGCACGAGGAAUCGCCCAGCAACAGCGGAGCGGACUCUGCCGACUCGGCUCGGAGCAGCCCUCAGGAGAGGCAGGCCUACCACGGGGUCCCCCCCCCUCCCGGCCUCAGGUCUCGGGCGAGCCCCGCGGUGAUCUGCUCCGGUGAGCGGGUGACGGAGCCAGCGCUGAGAGGGGGGAUGGGGGGGGCCGGGCAGAUGCGAGUGGCCGCGGAGAGGCCCGUGAGCCAGAGGGGGGUGCGGGUGUUUGCUCGUGAGGGGCAGGAGUUGCGGGCGUUCCAGUGCCGGCACUGCCAGGUGCUGUUCCUGGACCACGUCAUGUACACCAUCCACAUGGGUUGCCACGGCUACAGAGAUCCACUGGAGUGCAACAUCUGUGGCCACCGCAGCAAAGAUCGCUACGAGUUCUCGUCUCACAUCGUCCGUGGUGAACACACCUUCCAGUGAAAGGAUUCGUGGGCGUCAAGAGGACGACAGAGAAAAGGGAAAGGAGCCAUAGCCUGGUGUCCAUUCUUCUCCCCCGACCUCUGAGACUGCACAGCUGAAGAGCACUGUGUACGAAUGUAGCACAAUCAAAGACUUCUUUUUAAAGCUACUUAUUGUGAAUCAAUCAUAUGAAGGUAUGGGCCAAAGACACAUUUUCUACAUAUUUAAUUGAAUAUUAAUUAAAUAUAGAAGAAGGAAGGUAAGUUCGUGUAUUUUGUAUAAAGCAGCUGUAAAGAUGACGUUGACUAUUUUUUUCCUCUUCUUCUUUGUCUGAUGUUGCCUUAUUUGGAAAUGUCUCCAUUUCUCCUUGUUCCUUCAUCACCUCGUGGGCUUCAUGUGGUGGAUGAGAUUAAAGUUUCACUUCAUAAAUAAUAAUAAUAUUGAUAAUUACAAAGGUAGUUAUUAAUAAUACUAUUAUUAUAUUGAAUUGGGCAACUUUUUGUGAUGUAUUUUACAGCCACUGUGUAGUUUUUCUUUUUUGUCCAUGACAUCGCUUUGGACCAGUAAUGUUUUUCUCUUUGGAGAUCUGCUGCUGUGUUUUCUAACUACAAGCAUUUGUGGGCGACCGAUUGAAACGAACAGUUCAGAGAAGUCUGACGCUUCAGGUGAAAUCUAUGAGAAGUGUUGGUACGAGUAGCAAAUGAAGAAACACACUCAGAAAGUAGUUUGACAUCAACAAUCUACAAUUUGUAUAUACAUUUAUUUACCUAUUGCUAGAUAUUACCAGUGCAUAUUUGAUCUAAUUUGUGAAUUUGAAGCUCAAGUCAAGAAAGCCACAACUACCUCUCAGCAACCAGAGAUGUGAAGAUGAUGGGAGCUGCUUCAUUGAUACAUUUUUACAUCUCGACUUAAGUACUUUAGUGUACAUUAGGGUUUUUUCAAUCACAAAUCAGGCAAAGAAAAUAUUUUUCAAUUUUCACUGGCUGGUGCAAUGCCUUUUGUGCCACUAAUAUCAAACUUGACUUUAAACAAGAGCCUUUUUCUCUUGGAAAUUAUUUAGAUUUUGUGUGUUGUAUUAAAUGUAGUCAAAUACAAUAGACAACUUUCUAAAUAAAUCCAAGGUUUAAAAGAAAUUCAUGUUUAAAAUAUUUCAAUAAUCUCACAAAAAAGUUAAAUUUCAUAUAUUUGUAAAUCAUAUAUUUUUCACCCAGACUAAAUUUAGUUCUUCUAUUACAACUUAUUUCCCUCUACUGUAUUCAGCCUUUAAUCAGUUUGCACUUAAAAGGUUGAAUUGUUAAUGAAGAAGCAAAACCCCAUUGAAAGGAUAGAACACAAAGGGCUGAGUUGCUUGCAGUGUCGGGAACCAGCUAGAUCAUUUAUUUUGAGUAUCCCAGUUCAUUUGAAACUGGCAGCUGGUGGGGGGGAGGGUGGUUUAAAUAACAGUUUUCUUCUGAUCACUUUAUGAUGGUCUCUGGGAAUGGAAACAACUUCAAGGUACCUCACUUUAUGCCAUAGGUCUGUCUCUUAAAUGUGGUCCACUUUGUUUGAAGCUGGACUGGUUUGUGUGUGCGUACGAGUUGUGGCUCUUUUUUCCGGGUGUUGGGUUUAGAAACGGGCUCGGUUUGACCUUCUUGUUGUCAUGUUCCUACUACGUGAAAUACCUGCUUGUGUGUGUGGUGUGUGAACGCCGUCUCUCAUCCUAUUUGUACCUCUCGACAAACACAGCAAAACAACCCAGAGCUACUUUGUCCUUGGCUCCUUGAAAUGUUGCCUUGCACAGCUCGAAAUGAGGCUGAACGCCGACAAUGUAUCGAAGGAAGCGCGAGAGUUAUUCAUGUGUAUUUGCAUGUUACUGGUUUUAAUGUCAUCAUGCUUGUUUGGAUGCUCAUUCUCCGCUCGUCACAGAACACUUGAACUUUCCCUCACUCUUUGAAUCUUGCUCUUUUCGCACUGCCGCCACAUUAACGUACGACCUUUUACAGGCGGCACGAUCGAGGGGAAUUGUGAGCCAGCGCGUAGUUCUAUUCUAAAGGCACUUCCAAAAAAACGGUAGCUUUCCUAGUCACCUCUGUGAACCUGAUCAAACAUUCAAAGCUUGUGCACGUGACACGGAAAUGGCGAGUGGGGGGGGGGGGGGGGUUUUCAUAUUGUCCAAUCGUUCUGCUGUAUGUUGAAGUAUUCAGAUUUGGACCACAGGGUCAGUUGCAGCUCCUCCCCAGUUACCAGCUCUGCCAUUGAAGGGGCUGGGACGUGGCUGUGCUUCGUGGAUCUUGCACUUUAUGUUACAUUGAAGUGUAGGUUGAGUGGAGAACCGUCCCCCCCCGAUACAACACACACAGCUCCUUUGUUUUAAAAAGAACAAUAUUGAGGUUGCACAUCGGGAAAUAAGACACCACACAGGCUUUGCUUGGCUGUCUGCUGAACGCGUCCUCUUCGAUCGUCCCGUCGGGUCCCCAUCGAGGUUUGACAUUAUUCGUUUGACACUGGUCGCUUUUUAAACACGACACACACUUGUUGACUCCUUAGCGUUAAACUCAGUGAUCCACUUGUCGAUGUUCGAUUCCUACUUUUGAUCAGAAGGCAGCUUUUUCUCUGUUUACAUUUUUGCUUGUCUUUUGCGCGAAUGGUGCCCAGCUGGCAUAAAAUACGUGCUGCCUGUAUCGGCACUGGAUAUUGUUUACAACUUGCAGCUGUAAUAUUGACUCUAUACAUUCGUUUACUAUAUUAAUGAUGUAUGAAUCAAUCAAACAAAAGAUGUAUACAAUCACAUGAAGGCCCUGUCCGUUCAGACAGGGGUCCCCCUGAAAGAACAUGUCUUUUAAAUUAUCCCAAGGUAAAACAAAGGGAUUAACAUUUUAUAUUUAUAAUGAUUUACUCAGUGAGCCCUCAUGUCCUAUGAAUGUGGGCGUUGUCACCCUAAUUUGUCAUUUAGAUAUGUUCCCCCCUGUUCAUGUUGUUAUCAGACAUCCUUUGCAGCCAUAUGAACACAAACAAGUUUUAAAAAAAAAAGGUCUUCUGUCAGCUCUCCUUGUCGGUGAGGAGUUAACUUGAAAAUCUAAAUGAUUGGUGUUGCUUCACACGCCGGGGGAUGUUUUCCUUUUGUAUAUUUUGAAAGUGAAUGUGCUAAAUGUCUAUUUUUCUGCUGAAAUGUUCAUGCAAAUAGAAAAACUUUAUGUGUUUUUUUAAGUUGAAAAAUGUUUACAACAAUGUAAAAGGCAGGGAUCAGGUAUAUUGUAUUUUUUGAGAAAUAAUAUAUGACCGGUGUAUAUUUUGGCACUGAAUAUUGACUUUAUCAAAAAAAGCGUGCCGAUUGAUCAUCUCGGAUGUUGACGACAAUUUACUGAUGUGAGGGCUCUCAGGUAUUUGCAUAGGUUGUGUAUUUUCAUGUCCUACAAUAUGUGAUUUAUUUAUCAAAAAAAGAAGGCAAAUGAAUUAAAAUUCUUUGAUCAUUUCUCUUGACUUAAAUCAGUCCAGUACUGAUGUGGUGAAGGACGUUGGAGGAUUGUUCAGCUCCUGUUUUUUGUUUUUAUUAAUCAUCAGUAACAGUACAUGAAGACACACUGCAGUGAAGAAUACAAUGUAUAUUUUGGAGGCAUGGGUUUCUCUCUAUUAAAGACACGAUUUUA